CUGAUACGCUGUCAUGGCGGAGAAAUUCUAGUAAUCUCAAUUGAUCAAUAUUUUUUCCGCUCAUUAUGCAUCGGCAGGUAGCACGAAAUCUCGUUUAUAAGAUCGUGCGACACAUAAAGUGGGCGACAUAUAAAGUCGCGGACGGUCCGUAUUCGCGCUCCAGUCGACGGACGCGCCUUCAGUAUCCGCGCGUGCUGUCGCAUCCGUCAGAGUUUCCCGCGAUACGACUCCGAGACGGAAGCAUCGCGUCGAAGAGAAAGCGCGGACAAAGCCGCAGUCAAAAAUCGAAAGCAAUACCCUUUGCAGUUCCUGUUGAAUCGAUUUCUCGUCUAUUUAUUCGCGAGUACAGCAACGGAAGUUGAAUAUCUUCGCACGGCAUGUAUCGGGAACGCGUCAGGAUGCGAAUCCUGGCGGGGCUGAUCCUCGGGGUACUCGUUAUUUGCACUGUCGACGGUACCGUCAUACCUGAUGAAGACUUAACGACAAGCCUGAAGGAUGUGUGGUACGCAGACGAAUUCAUUAUCUCCUUGUCCAACAUCAAAGCGAAAAAGAUAAUGUCCGGCGACUCAUUCCAGACUCUCCUAGCCGUGAAGUACGCAGGAUUGAACACCAAGAUGAUACUGCUGCUCGAUCGAUGGACGAAGCGCGUUAUACUCGAGCACAUCGACGAAUCUGGUCGACGCAGCGCCGGCCACGUCAAUGUGGACACCCUCGCAGUGGACACCCCCCUGAAAAGCCUGGUUAUCCUGGUGCACCAGGGACCGCAGGUCUCUCGCAUGGACGUGUAUGUUGACUGCGGUUUUCAAGGCUCCAUACCGUUCAAGAAGAACUUCCGUGAGAUGCCUGACAUGGAGAAUCUGAACGUGGAAGUGCAUAGAGACCGAUCAUGCCUGGCGAAAAUUUACAAGACGUUAGGCAUCAACGAGGCAUUGAAGAAAGAAAAGUGUCCUUCCCAUCUAAAGCACACGCCGCGCACACCCGACCACCAUGGACACUUGCCAGCUCAUGGACGGCCUGACAAGUUACAUCCACAUGGUCACCAUCGAGAAACUGAUGACUCAAAUGGACAAGACUCCAACGGACGAGGCGAUGCAUCUAAUCCAGACGAUGAUAGAUCUGACUAUUCAAAUCCGCUUGAUGCACUCAAUCCAUACAACUUGAAAAACGAUCCUAUUCGAACACUAGACAAGUUGGAUCCACAUGGAAGUCCUAAUCCUUGGAAUCCUGCUCAACCGAAUUCUUUGCAUGGACGUCCAGAUCGUCGUCGACACGAUUAUCUAAAGCAGACGGACAUGUCAGGACACUCGCCUCAUACGAGAGUGCCCAGGAGAGGCGACAUCGGAAUCCAGAGUCUGGAUGAGAAAGCUUGUCUGACUGAUAGCCAAAUCGCGAAGACCUUGAAUGAAUUGAUCAACGUGACCAAGAGAAUCUGGACGGAAUUGGAACUAAACAAACUGGAAACACAACAUCUUCGUCAUUUGAUCGAAAAGUGUUGGGCGUGUCGUACACCCAUGGUGCCAACACUGCCACCGCCGCCCACGUGCGCCUCUAAUUCCCCGUGCUACCCCGGGGUUCAGUGUCGCGACACGCCGAGCGGACCCGAGUGCGGCCCGUGCCCCUAUGGCUACACCGGAAGUGGACGGAACUGCGUGAAAAUCUUCGUCACCUGUGCCGACCAACCGUGCUUCACGAAUGUGCAAUGCUACGACACACAGGACGGUUACAGAUGCGGUCCAUGUCCAAGCGGAUACGCCGGCGAUGGCGAACGAUGCGAGCGCCCUUGCUCCAGACGACCUUGUUUCUCGGGCGUUGAGUGCCAUUUGAUUGAUUAUUCACCAUAUUACAGAUGCGGACCAUGCCCGUCGGGAUACAAGGGCGACGGCAUGACGUGUUACGAUAUAAACGAAUGCGAACUGGCGCAACCCUGUUAUACCGGAGUGCGAUGCAUAAAUCUCGUACCAGGAUACAGAUGCGAUUCAUGUCCGGCAGGAUACACCGGCUCGAAAAUAGAAGGUAUCGGUAUCGAGAUGAUCAAAACGCAGAAACAGGUCUGUGAGGACGUAAACGAGUGUCUCUUCAAGAACGGUGGAUGCGAUCUCCAUGCGGAAUGCAUUAACACCCAGGGGUCCUAUGAGUGCGGUGCAUGUAAAACUGGGUAUUACGGCAAUCAGACGGCGGGAUGUCAUACUCAACAAAAUAUCUGUCCGGGUUUCUUAAUAUCUUGUGACAUAAAUGCUGAUUGCAUAUCCGUAUACAGCCAAGAGUAUUCGUGCAGGUGUCACGUCGGUUGGGCCGGCGAUGGCCACGCAUGCGGUCGCGACAGUGACAAUGAUGGUGUUCCCGAUAAGAGUAUCAAUUGUCAGCAGCUUCGUUGUCGCACUGAUAAUUGUCCAAAUGUGCCAAAUAGUGGACAAGAAGACUCCGACAGGGAUGGGAUUGGUGAUGCUUGCGAUACCGACGCCGACAACGAUGGUGUGCUGAAUUCUGCCGAUAAUUGCCCGUUAAUUUAUAAUCCGAAACAAGAGGACGCGGAUUCCGACAAGAUCGGCGAUAAGUGUGACAAUUGCCCGAAGGUCGCGAACGUGCGACAGACUGACACGGACAAGGAUGGCAAGGGCGAUGAGUGUGACCCGGAUAUGGAUAACGACGGUCACAGGAAUGAAGCGGACAAUUGCCCAAGGGUGAAGAAUAUUAACCAGAGCGACAUAGACAGGGACACCGUCGGCGAUGCCUGCGACAACUGUAUAAACAUUCCCAACAAGGAUCAAGCGGAUAGAGAUGGUGACGGCGUCGGAGAUGUCUGCGACACCGAUGCCGAUCGCGACAGAGACGGUGUCCAGGACAACAUAGACAAUUGCCCGAACGUGCCGAAUCCAGGGCAGAAUGACAUCGACCACGAUGGCAAGGGUAACGAGUGCGAUGACGAUAUGGACGGCGACGGUAUCCCCAAUAUGAUCGAUAACUGUCCUUACGUGUCCAACAAGGAUCAACUCGACCUCGAUCAUGACGGUAUUGGGGAUGCGUGCUGGAAUGACAAUGAUAACGAUAAGGUUAUUAAUCCGUAUGAUAAUUGUCCGAACAACAGUUUAAUAUGGGCGACGGAUUUCCGCCAAUACACAAUGAUCGAUCUCGAUCCGGUAGAUAACGUGCAGCCUGAUCCCGUAUGGAAGAUUCAUCAUCAAGGGGCCGAAAUCAAACAGCUUGUUAAUAGCGAUCCUGGAUUGGCUAUAGGACCGGAUGUAAUUGCCGGCGUCGACUUCGAAGGAACUUUCUACAUUGACGAUGACUGGGACGAUGAUUUUGUGGGCUUUGUCUUUUCCUAUCAGGACAAUCGACAUUUUUAUGUCGUCACCUGGAAGAAAUAUGUGCAGGACUAUUGGAAACAUGAGCCGUUCCUCGCCAAAGCCGAUCCUGGAAUCGUAUUGAGACUUGUUCAGUCCCAGUCAGGACCGGGUCCGAUACUCAGGAAUAGCCUAUGGCAUAAGGAUGGCAGAGCCAAUGAAGUGAAAAUCCUCUGGACGGAUCCAAAGAAGAUCGGUUGGAAGCAGCGCAAAUCAUACAGGUGGCAUUUGUUGCACAGACCGAAAAUAGGACUGAUCCGAUUCUGGCUAUAUCAGGGCACGACACUGAUAACCGAUUCUAAGAACAUUUUCGACUCAACCCUAAACGGUGGCCGACUGGGUGUCUACUGCUUCUCGCAGGAGAACAUCACCUGGUCUGAUCUAUUGUACAGCUGCAGAGAAACAGUACCACAAAAUGUAUGGAACGAGUUGCCUACUCAUCUGAGGAACCAAAUUGAGGUGAAGGAUAGCGGUUUUCUCCAAACGAAGCGCGUAGCCUAAAACAGGGUAUGGCUCAGGAUAUGUUCGGUGAUUUAUUACAGCGUAACGACGAGCGAAUGUAGUGUACGGGGAUCAACGAGAGGACUCAAAUCUCUGUCCGUGAUUUUAGAGCAAUAAAGAAAUGAUCCAUGCAAAGCUACAAAUCUACAAGCUGUAAUCAGUCGCCAAAAUAGUGCAUAUGUUACCUCAGUUAAAUAAACUUAAUUUGCAUAACCUCGGAAUUUCUUACGAGAGAUUUUGUGCGUUUAAUAAAUAUAUAAGUAUCUCGGAACGAAGAUAUUUAAUAUUCCAGAAAAUGACAAAUGCAUUUAGCUCAUUAAUCCGUUUUUAUUGCAUCGAGAAAACAAUUAUUCGAAUUAUUAUCGUAGUAUUAAGUUUAUAAUUACUAUAAACUAAACGUACUUAUUUUAUGCAGAUGUUAAGAUGAAUAUAAGAGUUGUGUGUGGUAUAUAUAUAUUGAUUAAUAUGUAUAUUGAACUGUAAUCUGAAAUAUAAUUCUCAAUAAUGA